CUAGAUUUUCAGGUUACACAGGGAGUGGGCUGUGCGUGUGAUUGCUGUUCGCGGAUGUGAGCGUGUCAGGGAGUUUGUAGUGCGUGUGCGUGUGUUUGUAAACGUUCACUGCUCGGAUACUGUCACCGCUUUGCACCGCGGGCAGGCUCCGUGUUCCUACAUGCAAGUUACUGUGGCAGCUCCACCAUUCCUGCCCAGCAAUGACCGAAAGCCCCGAGACCAAAGCAGCCGACGACGAAGUGUGUCGGCGGGUGAAGAACGGGCUGAAGCCGGAGAGAAACGGUUCGGCAAAGAGCCUCUACCCCCGCCCCUGCCAUGAGCGGCCGCCCAAGAACCGCUGCCACACCGCGGAGGAGGAGGUCUAUGCAGCGUCAUACAGCAGCAGGCUGUACAGCCGGCCCUUCAUCGAGUACUUUGAAGAGACCCCCAUGAUGGUGGCAGUGCUCACAUACAUGGGCUACGGCAUCCUGACCAUCUUUGGCUACCUCCGUGACUUCCUUCGUCACUGGAAGAUUGAAAGGUGCCACAUCGCCAGAGAGAAAGAGGAGCAAAAGGAUUUUGUACCGCUCUACCAGGAUUUUGAGAACUUUUACACCAGAAACCUUUAUAUGCGGAUAAGAGACAACUGGAACAGGCCUAUAUGCAGCGUCCCGGGAGCCAAGAUGGAUCUGAUGGAACGAGCCACCUACGACUACAACUGGACUUUUGAAUACACGGGUCGGGUAGUGCAGGAUGUGAUUAACUUGGGCUCGUAUAAUUACCUCGGCUUCGCUGAGAAUACAGGUCCGUGUGCUGACUCUGCAGCUGAAGUCACCAUGAAGUACGGUGUUGGAGUUGCGAGCACGAGGCAGGAGAUUGGUAACCUGGACAGACACGAGGAGAUGGAGAAACAGGUGGCUAGGUUCCUGGGUGUGGAAUCAGCCAUGGCGUUCGGCAUGGGAUUUGCAACUAACUCGAUGAACAUACCAGCACUCGUUGGCAAGGGUUGUCUAAUCCUGAGUGAUGAGCUGAACCAUGCCUCUCUGGUGCUGGGAGCCAGACUAUCUGGGUCCACCAUCAGAGUCUUUAAACACAACAAUAUGCAGAGCCUUGAAAAACUGUUGAGAGAAGCCAUCGUUCAUGGCCAACCCAGGACUCACAGGCCAUGGAAGAAGAUCCUAAUAGUUGUUGAAGGCAUUUACAGUUCCCACAGUGCGGUCUACGCCACCUCCAUGUCUCCUCCUGUGGUGGAGCAAAUCAUCACUUCUAUGAAGUGCAUUAUGGGAGAGGAUGGCACAACAAUAGGCAGUGAGCGUGUGCAGCAGCUGGCAGAGAACACGGUCUAUUUCCGCAAGAGGCUUCGAGAAAUGGGCUUCAUCAUCUACGGCAACAACGACUCUCCCGUCGUACCCUUGAUGCUCUACAUGCCCGCCAAGAUAGGAGCGUUUGGCAGGGAGAUGCUGAAGAGGAACAUUGGCGUGGUGGUCGUGGGCUUCCCUGCUACACCCAUCAUCGAGUCGCGAGCACGCUUCUGCAUCUCUGCCGGCCACUCGAAAAACAUGCUCGACCAGGCGCUGAACGUCAUCAGUGAGGUUGGAGACCUCCUUCAGCUCAAGUACUCCCGUCACAGACUGCAGCCGUCUUCUGCGCGGCCUUUUGAUGAUGAUGUGUAUGAGGACAUUGACGACUGAUGAAUCACUCCGCUGCUUAAGUGGCGUGAACCAGAACAACCCCGGAAAACGCAGAGCGGGUCGGUCGGGAUGGAUCACAAGUCUUCCUUAAGGAGCGACAUGUGCGUACGUGCCCCCUGCCAUCAUGUUGCCAACUCGUAACCUCCCCAGACGAAAGCAAAACGCUUAAAAAUACCCUCAGAUUUUAUUUUGCCUUACGACACAUGCAGAGAUUGUGAACAGUGAAAAUGGCACCUCUGCUUCUUCCUGCGUCUUUUUUCACUUUUUUUAAAGAUUGUUUGUUUGGUUGUGUCUUUAGUAUUUGUGGUUUUGGCCUUUGUUAAGCUUGUAAUUACAGAUCCAGUGUGCACAUCAUCUUUUUGUUUUUUCUUCUUUUAUGACAUGAAUCUGACUUAAAUUGAAAAUGUACGGAGACUAAUAAGGAGAACAUCGUUACCAUCUAUCAAUGAACGGUCCUUUCUUCCACUCCUUUGAAAGGAGCCGUUAUCGUCAUAAGUAGAAAUCACUAGAUGCAUUUCCAAAGACCUAAUUCGUCACCACCAGGAGCCUGUUAGCGUGCAAACAUGACAUGACUUUCAGCCAGUUCCUUGCAUUUUUUUUCGAGUAAUGUAACAGGGAAUAUCUCAGUUUAGAGCUAAUUACCUGACAGCUUUCCAUUUUUUAAAAAAAAGAACAUUUUGAUGACUUUAUUUAGAAGUUUAGAUGGACAAAGUCAGCCUCAAGUCUUAAAGCUAAGCUCACCGUUUGCUAACUUUCACUUCAUAUUUUUCCUGCUGCAUAGCAUAGAUCUGAAUUUAAGCAACAAAGCAGAUGAGCACAUUUCCCAAAAUCCCAAAUACUGCCUUUUAUGUCUCUCCAGUAAAGUUAAACAUCUGUCUUCAGUAGUAAGAUGAAGGUAUUGCCAUAAUUUCGCGUUUGAGAAUUUUAUUUGCCUCCACUGAGCUCUGGGUCAGUAGAACAGUGCCAAAGUGAACAGAACAGAUUAUCUGUGAUGUUUGUAUGUGUGAGGAAAAAAUAAAUGUUUAAUAUCCUGUUCAAGUCAAAAUAGAAAUCAAAAACUAAUUACUCUUUCAAACAUUUGAUUUUAUCCCUUUUUUUUUCAGUAAUGAAAUGAUUGCAAUGAUAUUACGUGUUGUUUUUCAUUUUCCUUAAGGAGGACCUGCUCUCUGUAUUGUUACUGUUAAACUCUUAUAGAGUAGCUUUGCAUUAUUCACAGUUCAAAAUAAUCUUUAUUUAUGUGAAACUGAGCCUUGGAGCCGCCUCUCAGUUCAUCUCAAUUUGCUAGAAAAUGACCCAUUUUUAGCACCCUUUCAUUGAAACUGACUUUCUUCUGAUUGGUCACACCUCCCUAAGUGUUUGCUGAUAACAAGGGGGCGUGGUUUCUUCACUCAGAGCUACACUCGUGAUGAUUAUAACAAAGGCUUCUUCUCUAAAUGAGAUGAGCCCCAGGAGUAGAAAAUCCUGUUGAUAACUGAACAUUCAGAGCAGUGUAACGCUGAGGAGAUGACGUUUGCAUUCACUGACCUUUUUAUUUGAAACUUUGGGUAGAAUUAUUAUAAAUAUCCACUGCUGUAGCUAUUUUAUAUAUACAAAAAAGGAAAAGCUUAAACGCGCCGCUUUAAGUGAAUAACACUUUUAUAAUAAUCAGGUUUCUGUUGCAAAACUAUAAACAUGAUUUCUUUCACUGACAGAACUACCACUUUCAUUUCAGAAAGAAAAAUAUUUAAAAAGCCAUGUUGAGAUUUAAACACACUCGAGUGCUGCUACUGGAGAAAAAGAAAAAAUGGAAAUUUAACCCUAAAACAUAAUACACAUUAUACUGUUACAAAGUCAGCGUCUUUUCCCCCCACCAGGACCAGAAUUACUGGGACUGUGUUUGUCUUCCUGUUUGUUACGGGGGGGUUCCUCGUCACGUGACGAGGUUCAAACUGAAGGAUAUCUAUUAGUGCAGGUAAACUAGUGUGGACAGCAUCCAGCUCUUUGCUGCUUUGUGCCUGAUAAUUGUUUUAUUGCCUUGAAAAACAAAAUGCUUUCUUUGUGCUGAGGCUAAUGAGUCAAUAAUGAUGUUAACAGUCUUAGGAUAGGCAAGUGUGUUUUGCCUUUACGUUCUUCCACAUAAACAGCAGCUGUAUUUGGAAAUGUGGGCAUUUACAUUGUACUACUGAGCUUAGUGAAGGCAGCUCAUGUCCCACGUGUAUAUGCUACCGCUUGCAUGCGUGCACACUGACGAGUGCUGUGCAAGCGCUCGUCCUUCAUACUAAUGCACGCACAGGAAGAAUUCAUCCCAGAAGCUGCUCUGCACCAGAGCUGGUGGUGCUCAAAGUGAAACAUUGUUGUUGUUUUGUAACCUACUACGUUCUGUCUUCAUGUCUUUCUGGGGUUGCUGGGUUGUUUUAUUUUUUUAUUUUUUGGUCCAUCUUUGCAGAUCUUCUGAUGUGUAGCGUGGGAUACUUGUGUAACACGUCUUAUGUAAUCCAUUUGGCUUCCUUUCUGCAGAAAAUGGAUCACAGAUGAUCGUUCGUGAGCUGAAAGUUUGGUUGCAAUGUUGUUCAUACAAAUACAGAAUGUAUCUAUGUAUUUUUAAUUAUGAGAGAAGCUGUACCGUUAUACUCACAGCAAAUAUUUAAACAUAUGUUUACGUUAUGUAAAGAUUUUAUGUCCUGACAUUUUACUAAGGAGUUUAUUAAUUAGACCAGUUUCCCUUCAGUUCAUUGGUACUUCUCAGUAGUUCUCUGCAAAGACGGCAUCUGGUUUCAACCAUAAAAUCCACUUUAUUUAGAAAAAACUGCAUAAAAGCAAAAUAACCUCGUUGUUUUUAUUCUUUGUUUUGGUAAAACGGCAUGAAAUGCUGUUAUGGAUGAUGGCUCGCUACAAAGUUUAUAUUGUUUCAUUAAAAAUUAGCUGUUGGGAUGGAUGUGUGUGUGUGUGUGUGUGCGCGAGUGUAAGUUACCACACAUCAGAGAUCGUUGUUCUCUGAUAUAAAGUAGUGCCUUUGAAGCAGAUUUUCUUUCUAAGAAUUCUGGUUCUACUCUCAUAACUUCAGGUGUUCAUCUUUGAACAUCUUAAUUGUUCUCUUCAACUACUUAGUCUUUAGCAGUACUCAACUGUAUGAUUAGCACUGUGUGAUAUCCAUGUUAACUAAUUUCUCUGCAUUUCAUCAUAGAAAAUACACUAUUUCAACAUAUCGGUAAAAUAUUAAAACGUAAUGUCUUGUCAGUUACACGAGUAGAUGAAUAAAAGAGUUUAAAAUA